UGGCGGAAGUUGGGCUAUAGUCGUUCGUUGCAAUUCGACUGACGGUGACUGCUUUAGGUCACCGAAGUUCGGCUGUUUCUGAAAUUUUGUGUUAAUUUUCUUCGAGAAUGACUUUAACUGCGAAUUUAUUAAAACGUUCGGUAAACAUUGCUAAGAAUUGCAAAUAUGCUACUCAAGCAGCAGCACAAACAUUAUCUCAGCCACCACCUUUGCUGAAACAAGAUCCAAAGAUUACCAAUUUACCUAAUGGGAAAACUAUAGCUUCUAUAGAAAAUUAUUCUCCUGUUUCAAGAAUAACUGUUUUAGUGAAGGCAGGACCACGUUUUGAGAAUGAUGAUAAUCUUGGAAUUUCCCAUUGCUUGAGAAAUGCAGCAGGAUUGUCAACAAAAAAUAAAACAGUUUUUGGUAUCACCCGUAACAUUGAAUAUGUUGGAGGAAGAUUAACUGCUUCUGCUGACCGGGAACAUGUUAUCUACUCACUAGACUGCUUACGUGAUGAUUUGGACAAAACUGUUGGAUUUUUAACAGAGGUUAUAUCUAAUCCUGCUUUCAAACAUUGGGAACUUAAAGACUACUUGCCAAGAAUGAAAGUAGAAGUUGCUAAACAUGUAAAUAAUCCAGAAACAGUUCUCAUGGAAUCAAUACAUAAAGCAGCUUUUCGUGGUGGUUUAAAUAACUCUCUGUUUUGCCCUGAAUUCAAAUUGGGAUCACACACAACUGAAAUGGUAGUGUAUUAUUUUAUCUUUUUUUGAUGCUUAUUCAUUUAAAUCAUGGUUAAAAAGUCACUCAUACAUCACACUCCAGCAGUUUGCUGAAGUGUGAUGUAUGAGUCAUCAUUAUUCAUUUCUCAGCACAUUUUAAUGUAAAAGUUUGUCAUAAUAUGCAUAUAUUUUGAUAGAUAUAUAUUUAUUAAAUACCUACCUAAAUUAGUUGUGUGUUUAUAGUUUGAGACAAAAAUGAUUCUUAUUUCAGGUGAUGAUGAUAGCACCAUUACAAUGUGGUUCUAUUUUUUUUAUCUUUAAAAUUUAGUUUCUUAAUUUUUGCAUUACAUAAAUUUUCCCAUAAAUGUUGCACAUAGCCAAUCAACACCGUUAAUUUUAAAUAUAAAUAUGUUAAUAAAACAAAACUAAGGAUAUUUAGAAAUCAAUAUAUAUAACUAUAAUGAAAACAAGUACAAUUCACAUAGCAUUAAAUUCCUUUUAUGUUGCAGUCUAUAUGUCAUAUGUAUAUACUAGUGUUGUAACGAAUAGUAUAUUCGGCCUCAGGCCGAAUACCGAAUAUUCGGUCAGGAGCGUGGCCGAAUAGCCGAAUAUUCGGCCAAACUAUUCAGCUCGAUUAACGC